AUGAGAGUUAGCCGGCGCAAGAACUUUAAAAAGAUAAUGCGCUUCUAUGCAACAAACUUCGGCAUUCAGGAGCCCUACCAACUCAUUGUCGACGGGACUUUCGUGGCCGCCUGCCUUCGCCACAAAGUAAAUGCAGCAGAGCUGCUGCCGCGAGUGCUCUGCGGCAAAACCACCAUGCUGAUGACCCCCUGCAUCUUAAAAGAGCUGCGGAGCCUCCCGGGGGCCGAAGGUGCUGCUGUAGCAGCAAAGCGCUUCAGACGCUACCCUUGCCAGCAUGCUGAAGAAGCAGCAGCAGCAGCUGCUGCUGCUGCUGCUGAAGCUGCUGCUGCACUUGCUACCCCAGUCCUAGAUGACUCAGAUGCAGCAGCAGCAGAAGGAACAACAGCAGCAGCAGCAGAAGGAACAGCAGCAGCAGCAGCAGAAGGAACUGCAACAGCAGCAGCAGCAGAUGGAGCAGCAGCAGCAGCAAAAGAGGCAGCAACAGCAGCAGCAGCACACGAAGCUGCAAAUGCUGCAGCAGCCCCCGAGCCACCAAGGAAGAAGAGGAGAGCAGCAGCAGAAAGCAGCAGCAGCGCAGCAGCAGCAGCUGCUGCAGCAGCAGAAGAUAAAGGCGACAUGUCGGACCCACAGCAGCAGCAGCAGCAGCAGCAGCAGCAGCAGCAGCACAAACCGGUUCGGAGGCAGCUGUUCGCGGACAGCAGCGAUGAAGAAGACGUUCCCCCCCUUAGCAGCAGCAGCAGCAGCAACUCCAGCAGCAGCAGCAGCAGCAGCAGCAGCAGCAGCAGCAGCAGCAGCAGCAAGACCCUAAACCUCCCAAAGCAGAAGUUUCUUCACCACCCAGCGCUGGUGGGGGGGGCCCUGCCUGACGACUUCAGCAGCAGCAGCAGCAAGAAGCAGCAGCAGCAGCAGCAGCAGCAGCAGAGCAUCCAGGCAGCAGCAGCAGCAGCAGCGCGGCACCUAGCGCAGCAGCCAGCAGCAGCUGGGGGGGGCCCCCCGGGGGGCCCCCCGGGGGGCCCCCGGGGGGCCCCCAAAAAGGGUACAGAAGGGGGGGCCCCCCUUCCUGAUGCUUAUGGUUGUAUUGUUAGUCUUGCCAGCAGCCAGCAGCAAAGAAAACUUUGUGUUGCUACUCAAGACCCUAGACUUAGAGAGAGACUCAGGUGCUGCUGCUGCUGCUGCUGCUGCUGCUGCUGCUGCUGCUGCUGCUGCUGCUGCUGCUGCUGCUGCUGCUGA